AAAUUCAGAGUUUGGGCAAUUGGUCGCGACGUAAGACCUGCCAAUCCGUGUCCUGCGGUUACGUCAUUAAUGUUUGACGUUUCUUCCUUUGGUCUCUCUGCGUUUCCAAAAUGUCGCUGGUAAUACCGGAGAAAUUUCAACACAUUCUUCGUAUCUUGGGUACGAAUAUCGAUGGCAAACGCAAGGUGAUGUUCGCCUUGACGGCGAUUAAGGGCGUGGGCAGGCGUUAUUCCAAUAUCGUCCUCAAAAAGGCGGACGUUGACUUGGACAAGCGGGCCGGAGAAUGCUCGGAAGAGGAGGUCGAGAAGAUCGUCACGAUCAUGUCGAAUCCUCGUCAAUAUAAAAUCCCAGAUUGGUUUUUGAAUAGACAAAAGGACAUUAUUGACGGAAAGUACAGUCAGUUGACUUCGUCCUCGUUGGACUCGAAACUCCGCGAAGACUUGGAACGCAUGAAGAAGAUUCGCGCGCACAGAGGCAUGAGGCAUUACUGGGGCCUCAGAGUGCGCGGACAGCACACCAAAACUACUGGAAGGCGAGGCCGAACCGUCGGUGUAUCCAAGAAGAAAUAAUUUAUAAGCUUGUUUUUUAUUGAUAAAAUAAAAAGGACCAUGAAAAA